AUGUACCGUGGUUCUAUGGCCAAGACAACUCAAAGACUCAGCGCUCCUGCCGCAUUCCCACCUCAUUCGUUAUCCCCGAACCGAACACGGCAAAAUAGUCAUCGUGGCCGCGACGCGUUAGAAGCAGAAGAUAUCUCGGAACGUCACUCCGAGUCCUCUACUCUUUGGAGAACUCCACUUCAGCGGUCGACCCAGGGAGCGUUGUCACCGACGCUGCCGCUCCUUCCAUCUCUGAGAGACCUGGCAGGAGUCUCAAGGCCUUCCUCUCCCCAAGAAUACCAGACCACCGGAAGCAGUUUAUACUUUACGGCCAGUUGGGGAUCCCCGUACCAAUAUCAGGACUUGGGCUCGAACGCCCGAUCAACGUACUACGGCCGUCGUGGAAGCACCGGGAGCGACGUCGACGGCGAUCUCCUAGCUCGGCCGCGGCUCCGAGUUGAUACAGUUGAUCCUGCUCAAUCAUCCCCAUUUGGUGCUGAUUUUGCGUCGCGAAGAAGUCCCACGUCCACGUCGCUGGCUCCAGCAAGAUUGGCAUUUCUAGGCCUAAACAGAGGGCUUUUUCGAGGAUAUACGGAAGAGUGGGUGAGGCAAAACUCUGUGCAAUCUCAUUCGGAGCGUGAGAACUGGUGGAGUGACGACUCCGAGACAAACGACGCACCAGCUACUGAGCACUCUGGUACGGCUGUGGAUGGGGAGGGAAGCGCAUGGUUUGAACCACAAGAGUAUCCCGACACAGCGGAGGAGCUUUUGACCCCUACAUUAGCAUCUUUUGGUCAAAAGAGAGAGACCACAAGACGCCGGUCCACAAGCCGGGAAAACCGGGCGAGGAAACAUCGGUCCAUCAAAAGCAACGACACUCUCAAGCAGAUUGAUUUCCUGAAUAAGGAUUAUUUUAGCAAAGAUUGCUCCGCAGACAUGCUUGCCUCACAGCAUGCUGUUUCUGCGGCCGGAUCGGAGGAGCUUAACGCAGACGAUUCCGUCGCUCCUAGUUCUUCUGCGCCUCUAGCAGAGCCCCAAAAUAAAAACCCUGUGGCAGAAACAGGAGCUUCAAACGAACAAGGCUCUGAAGCACAGCUCGACUCUGUGUCGCCCCAGAUUGCCGAUGCUGCUCCGAAGUCAACACAAGCUGCUCCGUCGAAAACCGUCGAAACGACAGAUGUUGAACCCCCAAGAAACGUCCGACCAGAACGGAAACGAGUUGUGUGGCGAGGUAGAUAUUGUGCCAUCUUAGUACCGCCAGAUGUGCCACGGGGAGCUGAUGGCGAGCCCCUCAAACUAUUGGAUACCUCAGCAGUCUCUGGUCGUUUGCGGCACUGGGAAGAACAGGGCUUCAAUACCCGAGGGUUUGACCAACUUGCAGAAGAAGAGGAGUUUGACAGCGGUGCUCCGACGGGUCAGAGCCGUGCUAUUUACCCUGAUAUCGAGGAAAUGCAGAAUGAACGGUCGAGCCGGCAGUAUAACAUCAGUUUUCCGAAUAAAAAAGAAUGGGAUGCAUAUGUCAAUUUUCUCAAUGAAGAGAAAUUACGUGCUCUUGGUGUUUCAUUUGAUGACGAGGAGCCCCUCUCCGCCGCAUCUCCUUUGUCAAGCCAGGAGCCCGAAUCGUCUGGGCAAUGGCAUUGUGCGGCGCAGCCACCGCCCAUUGGGACCAGUAUAGAAGCCCAACAAGCGGAGUUCUCGCCAUUGCUACCUUCGAGCCUCCCAGACGAAACCACACAAACUUCACCCCUGAAAGCACACGUCUCUCAAUUUCCACCGAUGGAAGCAAACACCGAUAAUCAGCAAACGCCACUCUUUGGACCUGGUGAACAGCAAAUCUUUCGACUUCCGUCUCACCAGUACUCCCCUUCCAUCUCGAGGGGGUGGUCUCCUCAACACCAUUAUUUUUCGAGUCGGAAAGGUAGUGCUAUGGCAAGCUCACCUGCGGUUCCGAGUGUUUCUGGUGGAGGAACUAUAUUGACACCGAAUUCCAUGCUCGGAAUAGACCCUGCUCAAGAAAGACCAAUGUCAUCAAAUGAUCUAUUAUCUCAUAUGCAACAGCGCCAGCAAGAAUUGCAACUUCAAAUGCUGCAACAGCAACAACAACAGCAAGAGACUCUCAGUGCCCAGCACUGGAACUCGCUCAUUUCCGAUGGCCAGCAAGAAGCACUUGACCAAAAUUUCGAAGGAGAAGUCAAAAUAACCCCAGAGGGUCAUCCAUUUGAGGGACGGAUUCGGCCAAGUACUCAUGAGCAUGAGUAUCAUCUUGAAGAGUCCAUUCAACGACAGAUGGAAGAGGAGGAUGAUUACAGGGCGCAUACGAACUUCAGAUUCGGAGAGCAAGGCUUUGAAAGAAAUGAUGACUCGCUCCGCUCAGAUCACACUGAAUUGGCGAGAGCCAAAUCUAACUCCGAGAAAUUUGCUACGCGUAAUCCGUCCGAGGCGUCAACGAUACAUGAAGCCCAGGAACAAGCAAGCUUUAUGCUUCACCAUCCUCAGCCUCACUCUAAAGCACAUUCUCUGUCUAAAUCUGUGUUUGGAAGAGAUGGUCUGCUACAUGCUGCCUCGCCACCGAACCUACGUCUUGAAGUCAUGGACUCUCAGAACCUAUCCCAAGCAGAACCUAAAAGUGAACCACACGCUUACAUCUCCGAGAUUGACACCAAUCCGAGCCUUCAGGGUACUCCUGCUCCUGGUUUGAUGUCUAGUGCUAGUGAUGAUCCACAACAUCUCGUCUGGCCGGGCACCCAAUCAAGCGCAGCCGAUCCUGUUACAUUGCCACUGAUGUUUGACCCUCAAAGCUUCAAACAUACGUCGAAAUCUUCGAUCGAAAACAAUAAUUUAAACUCUGCUCCUAAUAAUCCUUGGCUCAAUGGGAACGGCCCUGUGGCAACGCAUCAAGUUCCGUUCUCCAACCGUCAAUCUAUGGGCUCCAAUCAUUCUAGCAUUCAGCAUCAUCCCAAAACCUCGUCUUUGAGCGGAGCGAGCAAAUUCAAUGUGGAUGCACCUGCAUUCACACCCGGGACCACGAAAAGUACCUCAUUUUCCAUGAGCGAGUUCAAAUUCUCGCCGGCAGUUGACAAAGCACCAGAGCUUGUUCCUUCUUUCCAGGCUGCGCUGAGCAGAAGUGAGGUGAAGCCAAGCGACAUUAUCAAACCGGCGACAAAGUCCAAGGCAAUCCCUAUUGUGCGUCCGGAUGAAGUUCCAAAGAAGCCAGCCGAUUCCGACAAAGUACGCACCCUGGAUGAAGAUGAGUCCAGAAAGAAGCGAAUUCGUUGUGAUGAUGACGAGAAUGAGCCCGAAUUGCUGAAGAAGCCUGCGCGGCCACUUGCUGAAACUAGUCAAGGAAAGCUGGGAUCAAAUUCUCAAAGUGAUUUGUCAGAGAACAAGGAAAAUGCUGCUCCUAGUGGCCAUGCGCAAAUGGGAGACGGCCUGCCGGUCCAGAGUACCCAAGGCAAGCAAGGAGCAAUAAGCACUCAGGGCGUCGCUGGCUUUCCCAGCGCAAAUUUAACAUCUGGUCCCGAAACCGAACAGCGACUGCAGUCGUCCCAUGGUUCCCGUGGCUCCACUUCCAAGAAGUCCAGGACCGCAUCAAAAGACAUUCGCAUCGCCACGGAUCGGGAAGAUGGUCUUCAAAACGUUGCAGGCGACAUCAACACAUCCUCGAAUAACAGCCUGCAAGGGAGCGAUGGACCGCAGCAGACCAGUGACCCUCCGCCAAUUCCUGAAAAAUCUGAGAAACGUAAUGAAAGCCCACAUCGACCCAGUGACGGGUUGGCUUCAUCCAAGGAUAAACCUGGAGAGUUUCUUCCAGAAAUACCUCUCCUUGACAAUGCAGAUUUUCAUAGACUGGCACAAUCCUCUUUCCACGAGAUUGAUGCCGUUAUGCGUCAACUGAACGAGGAUGAUCCUGACCUAGGAGUUGAAAAAAAUACAGUGCCAUGGAGUCAGUCCAGUCCCACCAGAACCGCCUCACCAGAUAAACGACUUCAAAGCCCUAUUCCAUGCUUGCCUAACGAGCAGAAGACUCGAAGUGAUGCUCCCAGUCCAAGUCCUAGGCGACAUGAGGCUCGACUCCGAUCUUUUGAGCGCCGUUCUGAUUCCAUUGAUGGUACUCUGGAUUCGACUGUUCCAAUUCACAGGUUGAAUUAUGCCGAGGAAAUCCCCGUUAGUGAGUGGGACGACUUCCUUUCCUCUGGUGAGGAAGAGAAGUUGCGAUGGCGCAGUGACUUCUUCAACAUGCGGGUCAAUGAAAUGGUUGGUGAACUGCUCCAAUUGCAUUUGGAUCCAGUCGAAAGGUCAUUGGCUUCCAUCCAUCAUCAUUUGAACAGCUUUCCAAGGCGUCCACUUCCAACAAAUGAUCAGCCAAGUGUCUCAGGAGGAACUGCCAACAGUGACGCUGACGACGAAGAUGAAGAUGAAGAGGCCUGCUAUACCAGACAGUUCUCGACGACGGCUAAGGCAAGUCGGAAGAUGGAAAAGCUCAAGGCUGCAAUUUUCGAGGCCUUGGCACAGAGUAAAGUUGUUGAACCGAACUUGAACGCGACGCUUUCUAGUCUUCAGCAAGGCCUAGAAGAGAUUAAGUCUUCUCAACAUCAAGUUCAGCGGCCGGCAUUCGAGAAACAGCAUAUUGAGACUAUCGUUCGGGAGGUUAUCGCACAAAGCUCGAUGACUAACGUCGAAGCGCCCGAUGAUCAAGAUGCUCAAUAUAGGGGUAAAUUGGAUGAUGCGGAAAGACGAAUUGAAAAGGAGAUUGAAUCUCGAAGAAGAGCCGAAGAGGAACUCAUCAAAACCAAGCGGAGUCUGGAGGCAGCCGAAGAAGUAAUUGCUCAAGAGCGCCAAUCCGCGGAAAAACUCGAAUCGAAGAUUGAAAACCUCAGCGAGGAGCACGGCAAAGACCACGCGAAGAGCGAGAUGCGUAGAGAAGCCUUGGAAGAAGCCGAGAAGAACAUUACAGAUCUGGCCGCCAAAAAUCUAGCACUCGAAAGCACUAUCCAGGAAUAUCGCAUCUCCCAUGAAAAUUGGCUCAAUCAGAUUGAUGAAGCUAAUCGCGAAAAUAAAAAUCUCAAGGCUACCAUGGACAAGCUCAGAGCGCAGACCGAAGAGAGUAUACGCGCUAGAGAAGCAGUCCGAGGAAGAUUCGAUAAGCUGCAAGAGGAGAUGGCUUCAGCCGCAUCCGACAUCGCCAGAGAGCAGGCCAACUGGCGUAAAAAAGACGAGGACCACCAAGUCAAAUUUGGGCUGGUGGCCGCAAGGCUUGAGGCGGAAGCUCGGACCCGCGAGAGACUCGAACGAGAGAUUGAACGGCUCGAGGCGCAAGAGGCAGAGUCGAUGAAGAUGAAGGUGGUUGCGGACCAAACUCAAAAAUUCAACGCGCGAUUGGAAGAGACGGUGGCUGCACUUCGAGUAGAGAACAUUGAAUUUCAAAAGGUUGCUGCAAGGGCUGAGCGAGAGGCUAGCCAAGCACGCGAAGCCGGGCGAAUGGAGUUGCACAGGACCAGAGUUGUCCUAGAGGCAGAUCUGCGGGCUGCAAAAAUGCAAGUCGAUAUUGUGAGGGCCGAAUUGGAAAGUGAACUCGUUAGAACGGAGAACCGCCUCGAGCACAUGAGGGAAGAAGCCAACACCAUGAAAUCGAGGAGCGAAUAUGUUCUUCAAGAAGCCGAGCGGAUCAAAGAAAAGGCUUUGAAAGAGGCUCACGACUAUCGGGAGAGGUCUUUACGUGAACUACAAACUCGAUACGAGCGUUCUCUUGAGGACCUUAAACAGCAGCAUGGCCGAGCUCUUGGCCAUGCUGUCGAGGACAAAGAAAGGAGUGCAGAAGUAUUCAAGGAGCGGCUUGAUCUGUCGGAAGCCAAAGUAACUCACUUCCAGGAUCUAGUGAAGCACCUUGAGGAGAAGUUGGAGAUUGCAAAGUCUGCAGCGCACGCUGCUGCUCAAGCUGCACAGUCUGCAAGGGUUAGCCAGCCAAGCUCAUCUUCGAGCCCAACAACGGGUGACGAUACUUCUCCUCUGAAGAUAUCCCCUCAAGCCCUGCGCGAGUCGAUUUUUGUUCUCCAAGAACAGCUGCAGGAAAGGGAGAGUCGAAUCGAGAGCCUGGAGCAAGAGUUGGCGGCCGUCGAUCGUAAUGCUCCAAAGACAAUAAAGGAAAGGGAUAUGGAGAUUGCUUGGCUUCGUGAGUUGCUUGGAGUCCGGCUUGGCGAGCUCGAGGACAUUGUCGGCAUCCUUUCGCAGCCAGAAUUUGACAAGAACGCCGUGAGAGAUGCUGCCAUAAGGCUCAAAGCUAAUCUGGAGAUGGAACAACAAGAGAAGGAAAGGGCAAUGAAUGGUCAGACCUUCCCCUCAUUGUCUGCCAUUUCAAACUUUGCUUCUCCAAAGGUACUCCCGCUUGCCGCGGCGAUUGGAAACUGGCGAAAGGGAAGGGUAACCAGUACAGCUAGUACUACUGCUGAUAACGCUGGAGAUCAAACCCCUUCGGCAUCUCAGCAAACACCCUCGAAAUCUUCGCCCUCGGCGCACAGCUUCCUCUCUGGGCUUUUGACUCCUCCAGGUACAAACAAUCGAUUCAUGACGCCAAUCAACAAGCGUAAUGUGUCAAUCUCCUCUACCAAUUCUGCCGCUUCCACGCCACAGAAUGACCGACCUUUAUUGUCAUCCUCAUCGAGCCGAUUUGCACAGUGGCAGAGACAGAGCUCCCAGCCACUGUUGACGUUCUCUGCACGCCAGGCAGAAAAGCAGCCUCUCCAAGACCUUCCUCCCGCAACGCCUCCUCUGCUCCGCAAGGGUUCGUACGAUCAGGACGCAGAAGCGAACGUGAGUCCCCACGGCGGCUUCUACGACGACGACGACAGUACGGUCGACGGCAAUCCUAUCCAGGAAAGCCGAGCUGAAGAUUCAUUCGGUCCGGCUAUUGGAGCGGAAACCGAGCUGGAAUCAGAGAGCACCGACGACAACGAGUCUUUGAUUCGACCGUCAGAGUAACCAUUUCGAAUCUCAAUCCAUCUAUUUCAGUCCAUCAUCUUUGCUGCGGCUAUUAUAUUGCAUUUCGAAAACUCUCGUUUCUAUUUUGCCAUUUUACCAUCAGACUUUGACAGUUUUUUUAUUUUCCAUCAUGCACAUAUUUUGUCCUUGUCAUACUACAAAAGCCAUAGCCUUUCUCUUCAUAUACGGAUCCAUCUUUUAUUUAUCUUUCCCCC